AUUGGGGUCCAUGUUUGAUGUUGUUUUACUGUUCUCUGGCGAUUUGAUUUCUACGUGUUUACGUUUAGGUGUUUGACAACUAUCCUGCAUGUUUCCGUACCCUGGAAGUUAUCAUAAAUGGCAAUGCUGUUGAUCACAGAUGUUAUUUAUCGAUAACUCUAACUUUUAUUAUCGGAAAAUUGCCACCACUAAACUUGGUUAGAUAGAGUCAGCUGCUAAGUUUGUUUUGAUUUCUCAGUGUUAGUUUACUCGUUGGUUUUAUAUUUGUGAAUUUUGAGUGAAAAUUCUUUCUUUUAAAAUAUUGUGAAAAUAAAUUAAAUUUGCUGCUCACCAAAAGCUCUGCAGACGUUUAUUUGUUGUGUUUGUGACUAUGUGACUGCUAUGGAUUGUUAUGAUGUCCCACGCACUGGAAUCAUUUGUUUAUUCUUGGAGAAAUUUUGCUUCAAUUGGAGACUCUAUCUACGCACGUCUGUCCGCUGGAAUUUCGAUUAUCCUUGCUAAUGGAAAAUGCUAUUAUACCAAACGUCGAUGCCAUAUACUCUGGAGUAUACCUCCACAACAGAUGUAAUCUUUUGCAAUGAAUGAAUAACAAAUCAUAAGGAGAUACUUAAAGGUCCUGGGAUACCCCACUAAUAAAAGAUAACUCCAAAGUCCAAGCAUUGUAAAUUUAAUUGUACAAAAUGGCACCUGCCCUGAGCAUACAUUUAGCACAACAACAUGAUAGCAACAGCCAGCAUACACGAAUCCAGAGAAAUCGUUAUACGCACAAGAAAUAUGGAGCACGGUGUCCCGAAAUAUACUUUCCCAAUGAAACUACCAAAGAACAAGAAACACCACAGCUUAGCAGUCCAGUGCAAAAAACAACCAUCAAUGUCAAACGAUCCGGUGAGAUAUUUAGACCCUAUGCCCUUGAAGACAAGACAACACCACGUAAACGUAAACAUCAGGAAUUAAACGAUGAUGAAGAUGGUAAAACUAAAAUGGAAGAAUGUAAAAGAUUUGCUCCAGCUAUUACUACUCUAACCGAUGAUAUUGGCUAUUUCACACCAUGUUAUAUGUUUCCAUCACCACCAAUAGCUCCUCCGGCAAGUUUUCAUUGGUCUCAACUGGAAAUGAAUCAUGCGAUUUUAACCGAGAUUUUGCAAAAACAACAUGCCGCCAUGUAUAUGGGUGAAAUUUUAAAAAGAAUGACUUUGGGUUGAAUUUUUGUUUGAAGAAGUGGAAUGGAUAUUUAGAAAAUUGUGAUAAAUUGAAAUUUUUAAAAAGAAAGAAUUGAGGGUUGAAUUAAUUUGAAGACAGUAUAUUUAAUUGUGAUAAAUGGAAAAGUUGGGUUCAGUUUAUUGGGGUUGAUAUGAGAAAGAUAUGCUGUUAAGCCCUAUCUUUAUAAGAAAUGUUUCAAUUGAGGGUAAAUAGUGUAAUCGAAUCAAAUCGACACCUAUAAACUGUUCCUUAAAAUGUGUAUUGUAAUAUUAUCUUUAUAAUUUUGAACUACACUUUAAGUGAUUUUAAAUCUAUGUAAUAAUUUUUGCCUUUUUAAUCUUAAAUUGUAAAUUUUUGUUAAAAUGGAUUUUUAUUUUAUAAUUGUGUGAAUAUUUAUUUAAUGGCAAUUUUAUUAUUGACGAAAUAAAGAAAUAAAAGAAA